GAUCGUGUUAUGACGGGAGUCCUGACAGUCAAGCUCGCCUGGUCGCGUGGAUUGAAGCUUCCAGAUGUAGUUGACGACACCUGGAAGAAGCAAUGGCGCCCAUACGUGAUCGCAGAGUACCAAGGAUUCCAGCUCUCCUCUGAAGCCCUAUUUAGCCUCCCCGCGCAGGGCCUUGUUGACUGGGAAGCUUGGUAUCGCCCUUUCAAAUUUGAUCUCCCGCCGUCGCUGUCAUUGUCGUCGGAAACUGAGGAGCAGGAGGGGGUGCUUACCUUGUCGUUACUGAUUCAUCGUCACGAACCGGAUACAGGGAGCACUCAAUCCUCGUCGGGGGAACCCUUUGGGCCCCAAUGCAUGUCACUUGGGUUGGUCAGACUGAAUCCGUUCCUGGCCGGAUCUGGGACACAGAAGGUGAAAACCCUAGGUGGCACGGGGCUAACAGGGCUAGAAAUACACUACACCAGGAAAGAAAUUUCGCCUGUACUCACUAGCAAGGAUUGGAGAGUUCCCGAAAGAAAUAAUAUUUGCAGUGACGGUAACCUUGUCUAUGUCCAAAAGCAAGACUCGGGCAGAAGCUACGGCAUGGAGAUCACCCAUAUACCUCGCUCUGCCCAUGAGCAGCUCAGUGGUGAAAAUGAACCAGUAAUAAACAGCCUCCGCUCUAGCAUCCAGCACCCCUUUAUCGCUCCGCUGAUGUUUGCCUUUCACUCUUCGGAUGGUAGAUUGGAACUCCUUUCACCGCUCGACAGCGGAGGAUACCUUUCUGACCAUGUGCAGAGAGAGCGACGAUUUGGCAUUACCAAGGCAAGAUAUUAUGCUGCAGAGCUGAUCUGCAUACUGGAAUACUUGCAUGCAAAGAACAUCAUUCUUGGUAGUCUAAAGAUGGAGAACAUCCUCCUCGAUUCCUCUGGCCACGUCAGUCUCUGCAAACCAAGUCUCUUUGCGCUUGACCUGAGUAAGGACACGGACUGUAUUGCGCCCGGCACGUCGGCAUAUCCAGCUCCCGAAAUUCUCCUUAACAAGAGAGAACAAUCUCGAGCUAGUGAUUGGUGGAGCCUGGGGAUUAUCCUCUAUGAGCUCUUGACGGGUGCUCCGCCUUUCUACCACAAAGAUAAAGAGGAGCGGCGGUAUAGGAUCAUCAACGGGACCCUCCAGCUGCCCGUUGGCUUGCCAUCAAGUACAAACGAUAUUCUUACUAAAUUACUCGAUAAAGACCUCACGCGUCGCCUAGGAGUCCACGGCCUCGCGGAGGUGAAAGCGCAUCCUUUCUUCCACGGGUUGGAUUGGAGUGAUUGCAUCCAUCGCAAACUUGAAACGCCCUUCAAACCCCACAAUGACGCCGUGGUCUUUUGGUGCAAGCCACACACAUACAAGUUAAAGGAGUAUCUAGAGGGGGAGUUGCGAGAGUUCGAUGGAGCAAUAUAUGAGAUAAUAGGUACUUCAGAUUUUCCCUUGCCGCGUUAUAUAGGGCCGGCUGCCCCCGACAAGAGUACAGGUCAUGGUAACACGGGCACUUCAAACGAACAAUGGGAGUUGAUAUGGGUGCCAGAUAGUGGAGAAUUAUACUUCCAAAUUCGUUCCUCUGGCCAGAGGGUUCUAGCGAGACGCGACGCUGCGAAGCGCGGAGAAAUACCUCCGCUAGUCAUGUCUGAACAUCCCACCCAGCACCAGCUGGAGGAAGCUCUCGCGACAGCUUUGCAAACUGGAUACAGUCACAACGUCUUCUCUCAACUCAUCAGUUACAACCUGAAUCUUAACAUCCGAAUUAACGACUUCAAACGUUACCCUAGCAGAUGGAUAACACCACUGGAGUGGGCCGUUGAGCAGGAAAGGCCAGAUCUCGUGCACCUAUUCCUUGAUCAUGGCAUCGACGCCGACUUUACUGUUCCCUCUCAAGAAGGCCCCGCCGUCGUAAGAGCCGUGCGACGAAAAUUGCAUAAUCUGGUAGAAGCUCUUGUGCAAAGAACAACUCACCGAGUCUCGCGAACGAGGGCGCUCGCACUUGCAGUGGAACAGCAAGAUAUCUCUCUCGCGACGAUCCUGCUUUCACACGGGGUGGCCUGCGACUUUAAAGAAUCCGACCGACCUCUGCCCCCCGAUCCAUACCAUUGGGACUAUGACUCGAACCUGGACCGAGUAUUCGAGCCGGUGGACUUCACCCCGCCGCUUGUCCGGGCAGCUAGGCUGGGUGAUCUUGCGUUGGUCACCUUGCUGCUGGAGCAUGGCGCCGAUCCUAACCUUGCGUACCACGUUCUGGGUGGGUGGAGGGGGACGGAGCAAGAUCUUGGUUUCAAUGAGAUCGCUUUAAGGGAUUCGAGAAUACCUACCAUGUUCUCUUGUGGACGAGUUGUGCAGAUCGCGAUGGAGAUGGGGCAUCCGGAACUUGUGAGGGCGCUGCUUGAUGCUGGGGCAGAUAUUGACCUUCCGCAGCCUGCUUGGGCGGUACUGGGGCAUGUCUGUCAGCCGGUACCUAGGGCUGCGUAUCUGGAAAUUGUGAGUGGGCUAAGGGAUAUUGUGGCUGAAAGACGC